AUGCCAACAAUAGAGGAAAUCACGACGCGUGUGGCUGGAGCCAGAGUAUUUUCCAAACUGGACGCAAAUCAUGGCUAUUGGCAAAUACCACUAGAUGAAGAGAGCCGAUUGCUGACCACAUUCAACACACCAUUUGGCCGUUACUGUUAUAAAAGGAUGCCAUUUGGAAUCAAGUCUGCGCAAGAAGUAUUCCAGAAACGAAUGUGUCAAUCCUUUGGAGAUCUCGAGGGCGUGGAAACAGAUGUGGAUGAUAUUUUGGUUUGGGGAGCCACAGUCGAAGAGCACGACGAACGUCUGAUGAAUACCCUACAACGAUGUGAAGAGAUCAACCUCACUCUCAACAAAGAGAAAUGCGAGUUUCGAGUGAAAGAAGUCACUUAUAUCGGUCACAAGUUAACCCGAGAAGGUGUGAAACCGGAUGAGCAGAAGGUUAAAGCCAUUAAGCAAAUGCCCCCUCCCGAAGAUAAGAAAGGAGCUGAACGAUUGCUUGGUACAGUGAACUAUCUAGCAAAGUUUAUACCUAACAUGUCCACGAUAAUGCAGCCGAUUAGAGAGGUUAUGAAAAGUGGCGUGGAGUUUCAAUGGGGAGGUGCACAGGAGAAAGCGUUCCAAGAAGUAAAAGAAAUACUAACAAAGGCGCCAGUUCUUGCAUACUAUGAUGUGAAGAAACCGGUGACGGUGACGUGUGAUGCUUCAAAGAGCGGGUUGGGAGCAGCGUUACUUCAAGAUGACAAACCAGUCGCGUUUGCUUCGAGAGCCCUGACAGAUGCGGAAACUCGGUAUGCGCAGAUCGAAAAAGAACUAUUGGCAGUUGUUUUUGCGUUCGAGAAGUUCAACCAGUACACAUAUGCCAGAGCUGUAGAAGUUGAAACUGAUCAUAAACCGCUGGUCUCAAUUGUGAAGAAGUCGUUAACGUCAGCGCCACCUCGUCUGCAGAGAAUGCUAUUACGGUUGCAACGGUACGACUUUACAUUGAAAUACAGACCUGGGAAAGAAAUGAUCAUCGCGGAUACACUUUCUCGAGCUUACCUUACCGAUGAUGAUGUGGACAGUAGCAAGAUGAACGAAGAGUUAGAAUGUUACGUGCACACGGUAACCAGCAGAAUGCCAGUAUCCGAAGAAUGA